AUGUCAAGUCAAGUUAAUCAAUAUAGUUCUAGCAUUGGUGAACUCGAGUCUUUACUAAGUCAGCUGAGUUUAACUAGCGAACAGCAUAACUUAGAAAACCUUCCUUCACUUAUUUAUGGCCUUCAAAAUUGCAAGCAAAUAAUAUCCGACCCAACCUCAAGUCCCGAAGUUCGUGCGCAUUGCUGGGAGUUGGUGACUAAAGCCGGCGAAAUAUGUGCAAAUUUUGCCAAAAAUGCUGACUCACGUGAUGUUAUUGGAUCUUCCGGAACUAUUGAGCUUGUGACCGAAUUCCUCCAACUUAAUUACCAAAAUGGGUCUCCUUCAUCAAAUGUUCAAUGCUUCCGAGUUUUGGCUAACUUAUGUAUUGAUCAUGAACGAAAUCGACAGAAAACAUUGGAUUCCGGUGGAAUUUCGGCAAUAUUAUCAAUUUUAAAACAUAAUGAUGAUUUAGACAUCCUAAGAACUGGCGCUGGCGCAUUAUUAAAUGCUGGAUUAGAAUAUGAUCCAAUAAAUAUCGAAAUUUCUCGAAUAGAUGGAUUAUCAACACUAUCAAAAAUAUUAGAGCCUAAUAACAUAUUGUUAAAAAAUGUUGAAAAUAUUGAUGCCGCGCGUACAACGGUCCAUUUUACCACCCGAGUAUUUUCAAAUGUUGCGUCAACAGACGAAGGAAAAAAAAGAUUUGCUGAUGAACGAGUGCUUUCUUCAUUGAUUCAUUUGUUGUCACAUACAUCCUCGGAAAAAGCGACAGAAGAUGAUGUCGAUACAUUAGAGAACGUGGUUGAAAUAUUAGAGAUAAUUGCCUUAGAUAAUGAAAAGAUACAAGAAAUUAUUGUUCGGAAAGGAUUAUUUACAAAUCUAUUAGAUUAUUUAGAAUACGCUAAACCACCCAACGAGGAAAAUGAGAAGCUUAAUAAACAAUAUGGAGAAUGGAAGGCAGUUGUUCUGAAAGUAGUUGUCUCUACUACAAUGAGUGACACAAAUUGCAUCAAAUUAGUUCAUGAAUUCAAGGUAGAUGAGUCGUUAAUUAAUGCACUAAAAACUUCCGAAAAUAAUGUUAAAGUUCAACAUGCAGUUAUUGGGAUCAUUAAAAAUCUGGUUAUACCUGUUCCAAAUAAAUCGUUGAUUGGCUCGCAUGGAGUAAUUGAACUCGUAUCACCACUAUUAGAUCCCGAAACUAUUCAACCUAUUCAACUCGGCGUUAUUGGAAUUUUAAAACAUCUUUCAUCAGGGGAUGUUUUAAAUUCGAAGCGAAUUAUCCUUGGUGAAAAAAAUUCCACAUCGAGUUCUACUUCAGAAACUGCAAUGGAAACAACACCUCCUACACCUCUUGCCAGACUUCUAAUUCUGACGCGGAAAGCCGAUGAUAUAUCAAUCCGAAGUGAAGGAACUCGUGUGCUCGUAAAUUUGAUUAAAACCAUAUGGAGUGAUAAAUCCAGUUUGAUACCAGCCCAACAAACUUAUGCUUUAGAUGGGGUAACUCUCCAAGAUUUGCGAUCGAAAUUGAACACAAAUGAAAUUGUUCGACUUUUAAAUGAUUUGAUAGUAGAGUCAAAAUAUCCUAUCCUACAGAACGAAGGUGUUAUUGGUUUAACAUUGCUUGUGAUGGAUGAUUCUGCUAAAGGACAAAAUCCUACUUUGUACUACUUGACAAAUAACACACAAGUAUCGGAACCCAAUGUUGUUGAUGACAAUUCAUCAAAUAUAAUUGCUUCGUGUUCCUCAUCAACUGCCACUUCAGUGUCGCCUCUAUUAGAUUCCCUUCUUGUCAUUAUGGUUAAUAAUAAAGAUAAAUACCCGGAAGAAAUACGUCAUAAUGUGUGUGUGUUAUUAGAGAAAGCUAUCGAAGCUUCUAAUAAUUCAUAUAAAGGUUAUUUCCAAGAUCACAUAAAAAAACUAUUAGUACCAUUAUUGGAUCCAAAUCGAGUGAGACCUAUUCCGGAUAUUCUCAAAAGUGACUUUGAAAAACUAAUGCAAAGUUUGACUUAG